AUGUGGAAAUUCGCCUUUCCCACGACUACAGUGGCCGACCUUCCACUCCUGCGAACCGGCCGCUGUCUAAGCUGCCAGUUCCGCAAUCCAGCGACUCUCACACAGCUACAAACUAAACCUUUCUCUGCGCGCCACUACUCCAACAAAACAGAAAAGUCAAUUACCCCAAAAGACCCCGCCCCUGUGCUUCGAACUAGGAACGACGAGACAAAGAACCGCCUGUCAAGUGCCAUCGAAUUCAAACAGAAUCCGACCACCCAAGAUGGCCCUCAGCCCGGCGACGCAGACUUCACUCCCCCAAGACUUGAUCGGCCAAUCGGUAGCCCAUUGGUACCGCUAGAAGGACAGAAUACGGGCAUUGAUCCGCGGUCGAUGCGCCAGCGGCGCGACGACUUCACCAACUAUGACCGACACAUCGAGCGGCGCAAAGAAUUGACAAAGCAAGUCGCCAAACCCUACUUCCGCGAGUGGUCGAACCUCCGCUUCGCCGAAGGUAAAACCUUCGUCUCAAACCCACGUUUGUUCAAAGCCGACCGAGCCCUCUACUUCCCCAAUUUGCACGGCAUAACGCUAGCAUCUCCCAAGGAUCCCCAGAAUACGACGACGCAGCUGCGCGGUAGUAUCAGCGUCGUGAACUUGUUCUCGAGCGUGUGGGCUGAGAGCCAGGUUGCGACAUUCACUGGACCGAAACAGAACCCAGGGCUUGUGGAAGCGAUGGCUAGUGGCGGAAGACUGGUGCAGAGAAUCGACAUCAAUCUCGAGGAGAACAGAAUGAAGGCAUUCAUAGUGAAGUCGUUUAUGUGGCGGAUGCGACAGAAGUUGGCGAAGGAACAGCACUCGCGGUACUUCCUUGUACAGAAAGGAUUCGAUCAAGCACUCAAGGAAACUGUGGGCAUGAUGAACUCUAAGGUUGGCUAUGUCUACCUGGUUGAUUCGGAGUGUCGCAUUCGCUGGGCCGGCAGUGGACCGGCCGAUGCUUCUGAACUGGAGGGGCUCAAUUCUGGCGUGCGGAAGCUUAUUGAGGAAAAGAAGGCCAUCCUUCAAGCACAGGAUCCGGCUCGCAGAUAUUGA